AUGAAUUCCAACUGGUUUUCUCAGUGGAAUGAGAGGCUACGUGAGGAUGAGGAAGAUGAUGAAGAAGAUGAAGAAGAUGAUGCACAAAGGCGAAGAAAUACAACACAAGUUAUGGCGAAAGCAGCUGGUUGGUUAGCUACUAACCCACUACAACAACAACCUCAAUGGGGUGGCUCUGUUCGAGGUCGUGCUACUCGUCACCGAUCACGCGAGGUAGCUAAUGAAAAAUUAUUAAAUGAUUACUUUGUAGCUCACCCUGUGUACCCUGCGGAAAUCUUUAGACGACGUUACAGGAUGAGGCGUGAAUUGUUCCUUCGCAUGUUAGAUCAUGUGCAGACGGCGGAUCCAUAUUUUAGGCAGUCACAAGAUUGUGCCGGGCGUCCUGGAUUCUCGCCUCAUCAGAAAUUGACGUGUGCACUCCGAAUGCUAGCCAAUGCAUGCUCGGCUGAUUCCUUAGAUGAAUCCUUCUGUAUGCCUGAGUCGACAGCCAUCGAGAAUCUUGGUCGAUUUUGUCAUACUAUUGUCACCAUCUAUCAAGAACACUACCUCCGGGCUCCUACAAUUGAAGAUCUGGAUAGGCUUCUACAAAGAGCCGAGCAACGAGGAUUUCCAGGAAUGAUAGGUUCGCUAGAUUGCAUGCACUGGCAAUGGAAGAAUUGUCCAGUGGGAUGGCAAGGCAGCUUUAGCGGCAAAUCAAAAAAACCAACAAUUGUUCUUGAGGCUGUGGCAGGUCAGACACCACAACUUAACUAUCAUGUCAAUGGAACUCCUUAUGAGUUUGGGUACUACCUUGCUGAUGGCAUCUACCCAAAGUGGGCGACACUUGAGGCGUGCAGGAAGGAUGUUGAAAGGGCAUUUGGGAUUUUACAAGCACGAUUUGCAAUUAUUAGGCAACCUGCAAGAGGUUGGGACCGAGAUUCAUUAUCGACAAUCAUGUUAGCUUGCAUAAUACUUCAUAACAUGAUCGUCGAGGACGAGCGAGAUGACUACUACAAUGGUGAGUCUGACGAUGAUGAACCGAAUCCAAAUAGAUCAAGAAGAGCUCGAGCAAGAGUAUAUGAUGGCCCUAAUUUGCCACGUGAUCCAAGAACCGGACAUAUCUCAAUGGCAGAAUAUAUGUCCCGUUACCGAAGGAUACGAUCCCGUGUUGGAAAUAAUAAUCUACGAAAUGACCUUGUCCAACAUGUUUGGGCAAAUAGGCGACAUUAG